UGUUGCUGCUGCGUUUGGUUCCACGGCCAUUGUCUUUCAAACAUUUGCACUGGCAUAGUGUUAAAAGCAUCCAUGGAUGAUUUGAAUAAGGCAAGACAUGAGUUGGAAGCUGGAUUGGGGGAAGAAGGAACCAAACAAUAUUUUACAAAUCUGAAGCUGUGGUUCAAAGUAAAAAUAUCCAAAGAAGAGUUUGAUGCUAAGUCAAGGACACUUCUCCCAGUUCACCAAGUUCACCUGCACAACAACUUCUUGCUAGCACUGCUCAACAAAUGUCAUCUUGGCGACGUUCCCUCGGAGGAGUCUGGGGCAUCCUCGCAGCUCCGGGACAAGGUGGCCAUGAUCAAGAGCCAAACGAGGGCUCCGGCUGCCAAGAAACGUAGGAAGCGACCCCCGUCGCCUUUCUCCCACCGGUACGAGCCCGCCGAGCCGGCGCAGUGGGUGGGCUCGCCGACGCGUGCCACGCCGCCGCCUCCGCCGUCAGUGGCGGACCAAUGUCUGAAGAACGUGCUGACGGUGGUGCUGAGUCGGAAGAGCGGCUACCGGCUGCGGAAUGGCCGAUUCCUGCACGGCAUCGGCACGGGUGCGCCCAACCCCUGGCUGCGGAACGGCGCCGCGCUGGACCGGCUCGAAAGGUGA